AUGGUUAAAAGAGAAGAUUUAAUAGAAGAUUUAAUAGAAGAUUUAAUAGAAGAUUUAAUAGAAGAUUUAAUAGAAGAUUUAAUAGAAGAUUUAAUAGAAGAUUUAAUAGAAGAUUUAAUAGAAGAUUUAAUAGAAGAUUUAAUAGAAGAUUUAAUAGAAGAUUUAAUAGAAGAUUUAAUAGAAGAUUUAAUAGAAGAUUUAAUAGAAGAUUUAAUAGAAGAUUUAAUAGAAGAUUUAAUAGAAGAUUUAAUAGAAGAUUUAAUAGAAGAUUUAAUAGAAGAUUUAAUAGAAGAUUUAAUAGAAGAUUUAAUAGAAGAUUUAAUAGAAGAUUUAAUAGAAGAUUUAAUAGAAGAUUUAAUAGAAGAUUUAAUAGAAGAUUUAAUAGAAGAUUUAAUAGAAGAUUUAAUAGAAGAUUUAAUAGAAGAUUUAAUAGAAGAUUUAAUAGAAGAUUUAAUAGAAGAUUUAAUAGAAGAUUUAAUAGAAGAUUUAAUAGAAGAUUUAAUAGAAGAUUUAAUAGAAGAUUUAAUAGAAGAUUUAAUAGAAGAUUUAAUAGAAGAUUUAAUAGAAGAUUUAAUAGAAGAUUUAAUAGAAGAUUUAAUAGAAGAUUUAAUAGAAGAUUUAAUAGAAGAUUUAAUAGAAGAUUUAAUAGAAGAUUUAAUAGAAGAUUUAAUAGAAGAUUUAAUAGAAGAUUUAAUAGAAGAUUUAAUAGAAGAUUUAAUAGAAGAUUUAAUAGAAGAUUUAAUAGAAGAUUUAAUAGAAGAUUUAAUAGAAGAUUUAAUAGAAGAUUUAAUAGAAGAUUUAAUAGAAGAUUUAAUAGAAGAUUUAAUAGAAGAUUUAAUAGAAGAUUUAAUAGAAGAUUUAAUAGAAGAUUUAAUAGAAGAUUUAAUAGAAGAUUUAAUAGAAGAUUUAAUAGAAGAUUUAAUAGAAGAUUUAAUAGAAGAUUUAAUAGAAGAUUUAAUAGAAGAUUUAAUAGAAGAUUUAAUAGAAGAUUUAAUAGAAGAUUUAAUAGAAGAUUUAAUAGAAGAUUUAAUAGAAGAUUUAAUAGAAGAUUUAAUAGAAGAUUUAAUAGAAGAUUUAAUAGAAGAUUUAAUAGAAGAUUUAAUAGAAGAUUUAAUAGAAGAUUUAAUAGAAGAUUUAAUAGAAGAUUUAAUAGAAGAUUUAAUAGAAGAUUUAAUAGAAGAUUUAAUAGAAGAUUUAAUAGAAGAUUUAAUAGAAGAUUUAAUAGAAGAUUUAAUAGAAGAUUUAAUAGAAGAUUUAAUAGAAGAUUUAAUAGAAGAUUUAAUAGAAGAUUUAAUAGAAGAUUUAAUAGAAGAUUUAAUAGAAGAUUUAAUAGAAGAUUUAAUAGAAGAUUUAAUAGAAGAUUUAAUAGAAGAUUUAAUAGAAGAUUUAAUAGAAGAUUUAAUAGAAGAUUUAAUAGAAGAUUUAAUAGAAGAUUUAAUAGAAGAUUUAAUAGAAGAUUUAAUAGAAGAUUUAAUAGAAGAUUUAAUAGAAGAUUUAAUAGAAGAUUUAAUAGAAGAUUUAAUAGAAGAUUUAAUAGAAGAUUUAAUAGAAGAUUUAAUAGAAGAUUUAAUAGAAGAUUUAAUAGAAGAUUUAAUAGAAGAUUUAAUAGAAGAUUUAAUAGAAGAUUUAAUAGAAGAUUUAAUAGAAGAUUUAAUAGAAGAUUUAAUAGAAGAUUUAAUAGAAGAUUUAAUAGAAGAUUUAAUAGAAGAUUUAAUAGAAGAUUUAAUAGAAGAUUUAAUAGAAGAUUUAAUAGAAGAUUUAAUAGAAGAUUUAAUAGAAGAUUUAAUAGAAGAUUUAAUAGAAGAUUUAAUAGAAGAUUUAAUAAAAGAUUUAAUAAAAGAUUUAAUAAAAGAUUUAAUAGAAGAUUUAAUAGAAGAUUUAAUAGAAGAUUUAAUAGAAGAUUUAAUAGAAGAUUUAAUAGAAGAUUAG